AUGGAUCAAAGAGGGGCAAUUUAUCUUCGCACCCGCACGUGGAUACGUGACUCCCAUGACUUGUUUGACUACGAAGCUAAAAAUCACGUUAUUGAACGUGAUUUUUGUACAAACGUUGGAACUAUGAUUGUACGUAACAAUAAUAGCGUAUACUGUGUUGAUCAGAGGGUAUCAGAACAAACACGUGCAAAUGGAAUGGAACACCCUGAUUACGAUCACUUGCUUUGCGUAAAACCAGAUGAUUUCAAUAACUACUAUAUUAUACCAGCGGAUCGUCCAUUCAUACAUAAUAAAAGCCAUUUUACACCCAAAAAGCUCUGGCUAGUCGUCAGAAAUUUGCCAAAAAAGAGAUAUGUCCUAGAAGAAAAUGACAUUAUCAAGCUAGGACGCUUCAGAUUACGCGUAAAACAAAUGAUUAAAAAUGAACAGCAACUGAGCAAUUUCGGGGAAUCGUCCAUUCUCGAACCCGAAACUGAAGUACUUACACCCAACAAGUCUUUCUCCGAUCACCUAUUGUCGGGGUCAUCCAUGACCAGUUUCGACCCAUCCCCCUCACAGUCAAACGACAUCUAUCCUAGUGUAGCCAUAGAUAGGUCCAUGGGGGGCGAGUUCAGCGAUAAAGUUACUAGUGAUGAAUUGUUGGUGGAAAGUGAUGCCACGACCGAUGUACCGAAUAGACAAUGUAGAAUCUGCCUGAGUGAGGGAGAUUCAGUCGAUGACAAAUUAAUAUGUGCAUGCGAAUGCAGGGGAUCCAUCAAGUUUGUACAUUCAAAUUGCUUGAAAAGAUGGAUCAAUUCAAAGUGGAAUAUCAAAAAUGGAUUUCAAAAUCCGGAUAUGGUUUUUAUUCGAGAAGUUGCAUGUGAAUUAUGCAAAUCGAAGUAUCCCACUAAGGUUAUACAAAACGGAAAGGUUGUUCAAAUUGUCACGCUACCAAAAAUGAAGCCUCCGUUGUUGGUACUUGAAAAUAUCACACCUUAUGCCGUUAAGGGUUAUCACCUACUCUCUAUGGCCAAUAUGAAGGACUUGAAAUUGGGAAGGGGGCAUGAGUCAGACUUGAGGAUCCCAGACGUUUCUAUAUCAAGGUACCAUGCAACUAUUACUCACGAGAACGGCAGUUUUUACCUACAAGACCAUGAUUCCAAGUUUGGAACGCUAGUGGCCAUUAGGAAGCCACGUCUAAUAAAACCGACAGAUUCCUUGACAGUUCAGGUGGGAAGGAGUGUAUUGGAUGUAUCGGUUGAUAAGAUGCUAGGUAUGUUCAAUGGAGUGCUUGAAUUACCGAUAUCAGCCUUAAAUCCCGAGCAAACGGAAGUCAUCAAAAUUGAGGACGCAAAUAUGGACCAAAUGUGUCCUGUGACUAGCGUUAUACAAGGUAAUAUCGGGGGUCAGAUCAUUAGGAGCGUGGGGCAUGGGAACAGACAUACGUUAAACCUCGCUAAUGUGGGCGGAGAUAUCAACAUAUCCGUUAACCUGCAGACCACCCCAUAUUUUCAUAACUACGGCAAUGAUGGUAACGUUAGUAGACAAAAUCCAUGA